AUGGAGAGGCGUCCCCUGUACGAUCAGAUUCUCAUGGUGCUGCCGCCCCUGCUGCCGCUGCACCAUGUGCUGCCGUCCCUGCGCCGAGCCAAAGUCGUCACUCACGCCAAGAAGCUACUGCAGCUGCUCAUAUCGCAGCUGCUGGGACUGCCUCUAGCGAAGCACUCCUUUCUCUCCACUACCGAUGGCACCCCCUCCAGCAAGUACCUGUGGCACGUGCAGACUCUCUACCAGCCAGUCAUACCGCACUGCACCAAUCCAGACCUCCCUCUCUGGAAGCACUUCCGCCGACGCUUCCUCCUCCCCACCCCUCCCCUCCCAGACCCCACAGCCGAUUCCACCACCCCCACUCCCACCCUCUCCUCCUCCUCUUCCUCACGUUCACUCACUGAAGAAAACCCCUCGUCUGCUCUCAGCGACCCCUCCUCUCCGCUAGAGCGUGUGCCGAAGGUGCCGCCUGGGUUCCUGGAUGGGGCGCGAUCGGUGUUCCCGUCGCUGCCGGCUCUGCCGGUGGAGGGGUACGCGCAGGGAGGGGACCUGCACGGCUCGUGGGUGCCGAUCGGCGACCCCUCCUCUCCGCUAGAGCGUGUGGUGAAGGUGCCGCCUGGGUUCCUGGAUGGGGCGCGAUCUUUGUUCCCGUCGCUGCCGGCUCUGCCGGUGGAGGGGUACGCGCAGGGAGGGGACCUGCACGGCUCGUGGGUGCCGAUCGGCGACCCCUCCUCUCCUCUAGAGCGUGUGCCGAAGGUGCCGCCUGGGUUCCUGGAUGGGGCGCGAUCUUUGUUCCCGUCGCUGCCGGCUCUGCCGGUGGAGGGGUACGCGCAGGGAGGGGACCUGCAUGGGUCGUGGGUUCCCAUAGGCUGGCAGGCAGGUGAGAGUGUGUGGCGGCUGUCCUACAAGGUCGUUCUAUUCCAUGUCGUGGUGGCACAUGACUCAAUGCGCUGCACCAAGGCCCUGGGGCAGGUGGUGGUGGCACACGACUCAAUGCAAUGCACCAAGGCAUUACGCCAGGUGGUGGUGGCGCACGACUCAAUGCGCUGCACCAAAGCACUGGGCCAGGUAGAGGAGCUGCUGCACCGAUACUUCCCUGCUGACAGAAUCGUCGUCUUCUCCUCCAGCAGAAAGAUCAUGGAAGGAAAGCACAUAUUCAACCGGGCAGCUCUCUUCAUAACCUGUCUAGGCCUCGCCAUCACCAACACCAUGUUCAUGCCGCCCCGGGCGGCGGUUCUCGACCUCCGGCCGCCCAUCCCUGUCUCCCACACCACCCGCUACACCCUCCUCUCCCGCUCCUUCGCCUCGGCCAACGACGUCCGCUCUUUCGUCCUCAUCUGCCAGCCGGGCGGCGACAAUGAUGACGUGGCAGCGGGAUCCGGCCAAUUGGAGUGCAACACGCGGGAGAUUGACGAUGUCAUUGAUCGCAUAGCUCACGACAUCUACACCUCGCCCGCUGCUGUAGCCGCGGCUAUGUCCCCGACCCGCGACGCCGAAGCUGCCGCCGAAGCUCUCGCCGACGCCGAAGCUAGCGGCCGGUCGCUGCUUCGGCCGACGGACCUGAUCCGAGGCUCGGUGCUUCGGGGACCGCUGCAGGUUCAGAAAUUCCGAUCCUGGAUGAAAUGUGUAGGUCAGGAAGGCAGGUGGGUAUACGACCCGAAACCCCGCCGAUUACCCUGGUGGUUUAUGGGGAAACCCUACCAAUGUGACUCACCAAUGAGCGGGCGGCACCAUGGGAAAUCAUUGGGGGAAGCUGAUGAGAUUGCGGAUGCUAGGGGUGAUCCGGAGGAGUGGACAGUUAGAGAAACUCUCAAGUACAAAUGGGGUGUGCCGGCUAAUGCCUGCCCGAAGGUGCCUGUGCGGUCGUGGGAGGUGGAGGAGGAGGAGACAGAGGGCGGGAGGAGGUAUCGCGGGAGGGAGGCCAGAGCGGUGGAGAGCGGUGGGGAUGGGCGGGAGACGAUGCGGAUGACGAUGCGAUUCUCCCACUCCAGCUGGAUGAAAUUCUCCCCGGAGAAAUUCUGUGAGAGAGUGGGGCGAGGGCGGCUCUUCCUCUUCCUGGGAGACUCUCUGAACGAGCAGCUUUCAGAGGCCUUUCUGAACAACCUUGUGCUGAGUCUCCCGAAACCGGUUUCCGAGGAGCAUUUGAGAAUGGAGAUUCCGAGGUAUUGCUCCGAUUGGCACAAUGAUUCGUCGGUCCGGCACGCCUUUUGCAAGUUCUAUUCGGUCAGCGAUGACGUCUGCCCGGGACUUCGGGCAGCUUACGUGCGAACGGAUCAGCUCACCCUGUCGAAUCCUCGCCUGUUCGAUCGACAGCCGUGGUCCCGAAUGGAAGUUAUCCGCGAAGCCGAUGUUAUUAUAAUCAAUCGCGGGCCGCACUAUGAAGAGGAUGAGCUCUACGCACCGGUGCUUGAACGCGCCCUUAUGUACCUCCGAAGCCGCUUUCCAGAAAAGCUCAUAAUCUGGCGAAACACGCCGCCCGGUCACGCCAACUGCUCCGGUCAGAAAACCCCGCUGAAGAAACGGCAGGAUCCGGGGAUUUUGCCGUAUAACUGGGAUAAGUUCGCGCGUCAGAACAAGCUUGCGGAGGUGAUUGUGAAGAGGUACGGAGCUGCUUAUAUGGAUGUGGAUUCGAUGACGGCGCUGCGAGCGGAUGGGCAUAAGGAGUUUGUGCCGGCAGUUAACAAGGUGGACUGCUUGCAUUAUUGCCACCCGGGGCCGCUGGAUGGGUGGGUGGAGCAUCUGUAUAACACCCUCUCUUGGCUCAUGGCACCUCCUCCUGUUGAUGCGUGA